AUGCCCAUUGAUGAUGUGGACUUUGAGAUGCUUGAGGAUGCUGCUGAGGUAGAGGGGGACUCUCCAACUGCGGCCGCAACUCGGAAGAGGACCGCCUCCAAUGGUGAGUCUGUAGCCCAGGUAGCCGCCAACAUGGGAAACGAGCCAGCGUACGUGGUUCCGACAACGCCGUCGCCCUUCCUACAUUCGUCCUUUCCGCCACAGGUUCCCGACUUCAAUGGAUACGGUUAUGGAAUGCCGGAGAUGGGUCUCCCACCAGCUUAUGACUGCGAGGCCGACUACAAUGAGGUGCAGGUAGCAGCUAUGAAUGCUGGAUUCAUGCAGGGUAUGCAGUUCCUGCCUCCGGAGAUGUGCCCAGAGACGUACAUGCAAGGGAUGUUCAUGCCGUACUGGCAGCAGAUGGGCAUGGAUGGGCAAAUGCCUUGCAUGGACGGGCAAGCCGCGAUGCCACCGGAGCUGCAGGAGCAGCUGCAAAAGGCCGCACAGAUGCAGGAGUUUCAGCAGGAGCAGCUGACCCAGAUGGAGGCGCCGAUUGCCACAGAGGAGCUUGGGCCAGGGCCUGGGCCAGCGCAAGAGGAAGACGCGGCGGCGGGGGCGGUCGCGGCGACCGCGAAAGUCGCCACGCGUGAGGAGGCAGCUGUGCCUGCGACCAACGGCGAGAACCACCGUCCGAGCAAUGACGAUAGUAAAUGGAAAGAUUGGAAGGACAACUCGUGGCAUGAAUGGCAGGAGAGCUCGAGGAAGAACGAUUGGAAGGACAAGGACUGGAAAGACUAUGCUUGGAAAGGCAACGAUUGGAAAGACGAUUGGCGGCGAGGGGAAGAUGACGCAUACUGGAAGGAGGCGUCCGAUACUGGAAGCCGCCGAGGCAGCAAAGGUAAAAGCAAGGGCAAGGAGCAGAGGGGAUGGGAGGAAGAGAGGAGCAGCGCAAAGGACCCGGAGUGGGCCGGGACCUGGAAGGAGGAGCCCAGACAAGGUGCCGACCCCGCAACGAAAGAGAAGAAAAUCCCUCCGAUUCCUUACGAGCGCCCGGAAGGAAAUGAGCCGUACACGACGGUCAUGCUCCGAAACAUCCCGAACAAGUAUACCAGAGAGAUGCUCAUUAAGCAGCUCAGCUUGGAAUUCAACGGCGAGUUUGACUUCAUGUACCUCCCCAUAGAUUUCAAGAACAAGUGCAACGUGGGAUACGGGUUCAUCAACUUCCGCACACAGGACUCAUGCGAGAGGUUCAUCGGCUUGUUUCACGGAGUGGACGUUCGGAAGUGCUUGCCGGGCCUGAACUCUAAGAAGGUCGUGGAGGUCACGCCCGCUCGAGUGCAGGGGCUCUCUGAAAACGUUCGGCGAUUGCGGAACAGCCCUGUCAUGAACCAGCUGCAGGAUCAUCCAGAAUGGAUGCCGCUGCUCUUCGACGAGAACGGUGUAGACGAGCCCUUUCCUCUUCCGGACCAGCCACUUCCGCCAGUGAAGCCUCGGGGACGAAAUCGCGAGGGUCAACGUGGCAAGGAAGGGGCGGAUGUGUGUCCGAGCCCCUGGCUGCAGCGUUUGCUUGCAGUUCUUAUGCAUGCACUUCUUGAAUUGAAAGGAGAGAUCUUUGCUGGUGCGGAGCUGAAGUGCCAUUGCAGUGUGGCAGUGCGUGUCAGUAUCUUGUUCGAUGGUUUCGGCUGGAAUUCCGCAAAAGCGUGGCUGAAUCAGCUGCUUUACGUUCGUCUGCAACCUGUCAAUGUCAACAGCUGCAAAUGUAUGCAUAGUAAAACUGCCGCAACACUUCGGGUGUGA